AUGUCGGGCCUCUUGGAUCAUCGUGGCUUGCCGGAGGCCUCCUACGGUGACUUCCUGUCCGGGCACCACGAAGAGGAGAUGGCUGGGGCUUUGCCGAGCCAUAAGCAACAAGCUGGCAUUGGGCCUGUGGAAGACGUUGAGCGGACGUCCCUGGCGACUGUCUCUGUUGGUGAAGAGCACCACGAAGAGGAGAUGGCUGGGGCUUUGCCGAGCCAUAAGCAACAAGCUGGCAUUGGGCCAGUGGAAGACGUUGAGCGGACGUCCCUGGCGACCGUCUCUGUUGGUGAAGAGCACCACGAAGAGGAGAUGGCUGGGGCUUUGCCGAGCCAGAAGCAACAAGCUGGCAUUGGGCCAGUGGAAGACGUUGAGCGGACGUCCCUGGCGACUGUCUCUGUUGGUGAAGAGCACCGCGAAAAGGAGAUGGCCGGGUCUUUGCCGAGCCAUAAGCAACAAGCUGGCAUUGGGCCAGUGGAAGACGUUGAGCGGACGUCCCUGGCGACCGUCUCUGUUGGUGAAGAGCACCACGAAGAGGAGAUGGCCGGGGCUUUGCCGAGCCAUAAGCAACAAGCUGGCAUUGGGCCAGUGGAAGACGUUGAGCGGACGUCCCUGGCGACUGUCUCUGUUGGUGAAGAGCACCAUGUAGAGGAGUUGGCAGGGGCAUUGCCGGACCAGCAACUGGCCGCCACUCAGCCAGAGAAACAUGUGUUGCUACAACCCCUGAGUGCCGUUUCUGCCGGUGAAGAGCACUGCGCAGAAACUGUGGCCAGGUGUGAUGACGUCGGACCUGUAUGUUUUGACCGGGAGCACGUUGUCAAUGGCGAUUCAGGCACAUCCAUCCAAUGCCAGAUCGAGGCAGCUGUCGCUGAAGCAGUCUCCAGCCGAUUGGAAAGCCUUGAAAGCGAAGUGAGGCUUUUGUCAUCUGAGCUUGUAAGAUGUCGCGAGCUCGUGAUACAGUUCUCUGCGACAGAGAAGGCUGCAUUUCAGGAGAAGUUUGAUGCAGUACAAUUGCAGUUUCAGACGUCCUCAAGCUACUUCGACCAGAAGUUGGAAGACAGCAUGCGCCAGUUGAAAGAACAUGUCCGGCUUUCCAAGACUCUCAUGAACUCCUGGUGCCGCGGGGCGGCAGCAAGAGUUGCCAAUUGUGAAGAAAUGGUUUCAAAAGCUGCGCUCCAGCCUGUGAGCACCGUGAGCACAGAGCAAGACGCGGUCCUAAAUGCUGUCAUGGGGCGAAUUGAACAGGAAAAGGUCGAGCGUGAAGCUGAAAUGUUAUUGAUGAAGCGUGACUUGAACGAGCUUCGAGGCGCCUGCGCGCUGCGGCGUCCUGUGAAGUCUGCAAAGACGCGAAGUCCAAGUAGACGCAUUCAGAAUGCUUCGCCCAGGAACAGGCCGCUUUGCAGAAGGCAGGGUUGGGCCAGUGCGUCCUUCAGAGCUCUCAGCUCCCCUGUAACUCACCAAGAAAAUCACACAUUGUCUGCCAGCGUUGAUUUUGCUUCCGAGGAGAAGCGCGGCUCACAAGUGGACCUUGGAAACCCUCAAGACUUGGUCCAACAGGUUUCGGAACUGCAGCGUGAGCCGCUGCGAGCAGAAACUGGGAAGACAGGUGUUGAGCCGCUGGGUCAGGCUCGGAACAGCUGGAGCCCUUCAUCGACCUUCUCGCCUUGA